UGCUCAAACUCUGAUAUUUGCUUCCAUCUCCUUCUUUAUCUCUCUGCACUUGUUCUGCCUCCCUCCUUUCCUCUUGUCUCUCCCCCCACCCUCUUGGCUCUUCUGAUUUGACUGAUGAUGUUUGUCCCACUAAGGGGAGAAGCAGGAUGCGUCUCCUCUGGCCUGGACGGUCUCUGACAGGCUGUAAAAUAAGAUGAUAAAGUAGACCUGGUCCUGUGGUAGGUCUGCUUGUUUCCAUCAGUCAUUAAAGCUGGAGCAGCCCAGUUGUUCUCUGUGCAUGUCAGACUCCUGCAGCCUCCCCCAUGGUCCGACUAUGCCCUCCUGGGGAGCCCUGGGCAUUCGUGUACCACGACCUUCUCUGACUCAUUGGUGGGACAAGUCUGAAAGCUGAAGGACCAUCAAGGAGAGCAUUUAAUCUAUAUGUGCUCUCAAGAGAAGGUUUGCUUGUAAGCCAUGCUUGUCAUGGUUGAGUCAUGGAAUGAGAAGCAUCUUCCAGACAAGUGGGCCCCUGAGUCAUACAGGGCUUUCUAAGGUUGAAUUGCAGAGGAUUAGUUCUCUCCACCUCUGUCUGGUGUGGGAGUGGAAUGGAGUGCUCUCAGGUGGACGUGCCCUGGCAGGAAGGGCCGGGUUACCCCAGCUCUCCUGCUGAGCUGAGCCACCUCCUGGGUAGGGCCUUCAUUUCUCCUUUUCAUAUCUCACUGGCAUCCUGCACCCUCACCCUUGCAGAGUCUGUGGGCUCUCAGUUUAGAGCCUGGGUCCCAUGUGUGUGCGGCAGCCCUGGGACUCUGCGGGGGUAGGUGUGAAUCCAGCCUGGUGUAGUUGUAGAAAUUGUUUGCCAACCCUGGUACAGGUGUCCUGGGGUGGUCAGCCACCACCAAACCUAAGGUGCUUCCCCCUUCAGAUAAGCAAAGGGGGGACUAGAGGUGGGGGAUGUUCAAUGUGGAGAUGCUUGUGUUUAAUAAAGAGGGAAGAACCCUGAGGUGGAGGGGAAGAGGCGCCUGGCCGUCUGGGGAGUUUGUUGGUGCCAGUGUUUCUUUCCUUGGAGUCCGUGCUUGAUGGGGAAGUGAGGUCCAACCCAUCUGAAGCAGGCAGGAAGGGUGGUAGAAGGAAAAUAGAAAUUAAAUGUGGAAGGAGGCAUCUUGCAGAAAUGCAUAAUGGAGGGAGCCGGGAGGAGGAGAUGCAAACGGCGAGAAGGAGGGAGAGAGCAAAUGUGGAGUAGGAUGUGUGAUAGAGGGGGAGGAGAAAGCAGGGGGCGGCAGGAGAAGCAGCGAAGAACAGGAGGAGCAAAGGAAAAUGGGAGGUGAAGGAGAAGAGCUGCAUGGAGGUGGGUGGCAGAGGGUCUGGGUGAGGAUCUCGCUCCACAGAGCGAGCUGGCAAGGCAGCGGGGUAAUGCGGCUCCUGGCACUUCGCUCCCGGUGCGGGCAGCGUCCAUGCAGCCCCCUGCAGCUGGGGAUGAGGGCUGGGUGGUGGGGAAGCCCUGGAAGCAGUGCUGAAAGAGCUGCAGAGAGGCCAGGCCCUCCUGCAGAGGCAUUGCCUUGUCCCUGUCGCUGGAGGAGCCCGAAAAACAGGGCCAGGCCUGCCAUUGGUGUUGGUCACCUGCUGCUGGUUAUUGACAUGAAACUAGCUGUAUUUAGGGUAAGGUGUGGCCACAAACACACAGCCCUGCUCCUCUGCGGUCCCCCCACCCCGCAGUGCGGCUGGCUGCUGGCUUCUCCUCGGUGGGGUCUGUUGGUACCAGGCUCUGCACCGCUCGCAGCAUCCAGCCCCUCCCUGGCAUGGAGGAGAUGCGGGUGCAAGCAACCAGGAUGCUCGCAAGGGCGUAGUGUUAAUAGGAGGAUAUGUCUUGUGACUUCUGAGCAGGGUGGGGAGAGCAGCGAUGCAGAGCAUGAAACGGGGCGGUGGGGGAGGAUGGGACGUGGGCUGGGGGGUGAGAGCAACACACACCGUGUGAGGCGCCCACCGGGAGAGCAGGGGGGUGGCUGUAGCCGUGCUGGGUGUUACACACCCCAUCGGCAGCACCUCUUCCUCCAUGAGAUGCCGGUUCCUCAGCGCUUGCGGCAGCACCCGAGAGCACACGCGUGUUGCCUGCCAGGGCUGCUGAGCCGCACCUUGGCCAAAGGCUGGGUGUGCUGGGGCAGGGCUGGCACCAGCCUUGGCCCCCGGGGGUGUCCGGGCAGCUGGCUCAGCCCCAGGGCUGUGCCCAGUGCCAGCCCGGAGAGCCAGGCUGUCACCUCCCUGCCAGCUCACCGAUGCCACCUGCUGGGGUCAGGACACCGCUGGAGGAGCAGAGAGGGGACAGCAGCAGGAGGGAUGGGACAGUGUCUGGGGAUGGGGCACCAAGCAGCUCCUUCUCCCAUCUGGCAUGGCAGGAUUUGUCCCAGCCGUCCUCGCCCUCCUCAGGAUGUGCUGCAGAGGAGACUUUGCCAGCUCUGCCCUUUUCAAUGCUGGGGUGCCUUUCUACGUUUUAGAUUGCUGAAAUUCCCCCUCAUUUUAGAAAGCGGGAUCCCCUUUGCUGGGGGCAGGGAUGCCAGUCCUGCAGAGUGCAUGACUUGUGGGUUGAAGAGAGUACUCGGUCCCUCUUAGGAACAGGCUGUGUUUGUACAACACUCCUCUGGGCUUAGAAGCGUCGCUCUGCACUGAAAGUACUGAGCCUGACCUAUGGCCAGACUCACUACAGUGA